UCGAAUUCGAUUUUAGUUUUAAUAUCCCGUUUUCUAAUUGAAAGUACUUAUUUAAAAAAAUCUAACUAAACUUUUAGUUUUGAUGUGGAAGGCACGGAUACAUCUACAUUUUUUAAAGGAACAUCUCCGGUUACAACUGUCUCCCACGGGAGGGCCAUGUUUGCGUCGCACGCAAACAACAGUACAGCACCACAAGCAUGACUGCUUGGUGCUUGGCGCUGGCGGAGCUGGCCUCCGUGCCGCCAUCGGUCUAGCGCAGGCCAAGUUCUCAGUGGCCUUGGUAUCCAAGCUCUUUCCGACUAGGUCGCAUACUAUAGCUGCACAAGGAGGAAUGAAUGCAGCCAUAGGCAGCAUGCACGAAGAUGACUGGCGCUGGCACUUUUAUGACACAGUCAAAGGCUCUGACUGGUUAGGCGAUCAGGAUUCAAUUCAUUACCUCACUCGCGAGGCACCUUUCGCUGUGUUCGAACUGGAAAAUAUGGGGUUGCCCUUUUCGAGGACGAAAGAAGGGAAAAUCUACCAAAGGCAAUUUGGUGGUGGCACCACGCACCGCGGCAAGAAAGUGGCAAAAAGGACCUGCGCUGCAGAAGACCGGACGGGCCACGCGCUUCUCCACACGUUAUAUGGCUACAGCACGCAGUUCAGCAACAUCAAUCUGUUCUCGGAGUUUUUCGUGCUGGACUUGCUGUUCCAGGACGGCGCUGUUGUGGGCGCCGUUGCCAUAGACAUGGACGAUUCCAGUAUACACAGGUUUCAGGCAAAGAACACGGUGAUAGCGACAGGCGGGUACCCGCGCAUGUUCUUCUCGUGCACAGCCGCGCACACCUGCACGGGCGACGGCUGCGCCUGGGCCACGCGCCUCGGCCUGCCGCUACAGGACAUGGAGUUCAUACAGUUCCAUCCCACUGGUAUGUAUGGAUCGGGAUGUCUCAUGACCGAAGGUUCUCGUGGCGAAGGUGGUUACCUUGUGAACAGCGAAGGGGUUCGUUUUAUGGAAAAAUAUGCCCCAAAUGCCAAAGAUCUGGCCAGUAGGGAUGUCGUAUCCAGGUCCAUGGCUACGGAAAUACGCGAAGGUCGUGGAGUAGGCCCGAAGAAAGAUCAUAUCUUCCUGCAGCUCCACCAUCUCGGGGCAGAGACUAUCAAGAAGCGGCUGCCAGGCAUCGCGGAGACAGCCAAGACCUUCACCGGUGCCGAUGUGUACACGCAGCCGGUGCCCGUGUUACCCACUGUGCACUACACCAUGGGAGGAAUACCCAUCAAUUACAAAGGAGAGGUGAUCGACCACAAGAAUGGGUCUGACAUUAUAGUGCCGGGUCUGCACGGCGCCGGCGAGGCCAUCAGCAACUGCCAUGGAGCCAACCGGCUCGGGGCAAACUCCAUUCUUGACGUCGUAGUGUUCGGCCGGGCUAUAGGAAACAACAUUGCGAAAAUUGCCGCGCCUGGAGACAAGCAGCCAGACUUAAAGGACAACUUGUUUGAGGCUACCUUAGAUAACUAUGACGCCAUCAGGUCGGCAGCCGGCACUUUGGGGCCGCAUGAACUGAGAGCAAAAAUGAGACAUACUAUGCAGCAUAAAUGCGGCGUAUUCCGCACCCAAACAUUAUUGGAUGAAGCUCACAAAGAGAUCCAGGAAUGGUACAACGCAUUCUCCAGCGUAUACGUAAGGGACAAAGGCUGCAACUGGAAUAGCGAUGUGAUAGAAACUCUGGAACUGCAGAACAUGUUGCAACUAGCAGUUCAGGUGGUGGCUGCGGCCCGGAACCGGGUUGAGAGCCGCGGGGCGCACUUCCGAGACGACUUUCCCAAGAGGCUUGACGAGCUCGACUACAGCAAGGACACUAAGGACCAGACAAAGAAGCCUAUAGAAGAACAUUGGCGAAAACAUACGUUCACACAUGUGGACCUGUGUUCGGGUACUGUGAAAAUCUCUUAUCGGCCUGUCAUCGACAAGCCGAUGAACGACGAAGUGGAGUGGAUACCGCCAGUGCCGCGCGUCUAUUGAAUAUGCUGACCGUGACAGUGUUCGUCGUAGGUAAUUGUCAUAUUCGUCGUCAACUGUUUGUUCUGGGUAACGGCCUUGCUGAUUAAGAUUUCCAAUGUUUCACGAUUGUAUGUAAUUCGUAAAACGUAAUGUUCCCACGACGCUUUUACUUAGUUCGAAUAAA